CCCAAGAGGUCCACGUCACCUUCAUAUUUGCCCUUUUACAUAUCUCUCCUCAUGUUUUCUAUCCCAUCGGCCAAUGAUUCCAAAGCGGAAACUGAUCCUCUUCCUCUUCUCCGCCACAACGCGCCGCAUCCCGUGUCUAAUUCUAUUUCCUCUCAUGGUCAACCAUUUCCUCAUAACUCUCGUGUGUUCUUCAACGGCCUCAAAUCCGCAAAGUUCUCUGGCGGCAGUGUUAUUUCAUACCAUCAAUGGUUCAAUCCAACCCACAUCCCGCCAGAGUGGGUCUACCAGUGUUUCAUGUUCCACAAGAUGUUCAACGACACCGAGGCUCGGUAAUUCCUGAAAAAUCGGCUUUGUAAAGAGUGCGUGAGACAUACUUCCGGUGAUGGGCAUAUUCGCAUGCAGCCGUUGACUCCAGCCGCCUAGG